AUGCCGGGUCUCGUCAUUUUCAGCUUCAUUAUCUUGCUUGCGCCCCAGAUUCUACCAGCUUGGGCACAAUCACACGUUCAGAGAGGUCCGGUUUCCUCUCAAUGCAGCAACAACUUCGCAGGGCCAUUGACACCCACCCCAAACCACUCAACAUGCCCACCACUGGUGGACGAUGAAACCGUGCUCCUCACAGGCAGCUGGCACCCUUGGUCCAUACCCCCGACUUGUACGAAGCCAAAGACGAAGGGCAGAUCCAAGCUCUGUUCAUUCACAACCUCAAACCACUGGGCCGGAGGCGGAGUGAGCAUCAUCACGACCCCAGAAGUGGCUGCUGGCGUAGCUAGCCAGCUACACGACCACAACAUCCCCUGGCUUGAGAAAGAGCGAGGGUCUCCGUUCAAGACUGACAGCACGGCGGCACCGUUUGAAGUCAGGGAGCUCUCGGAAAAGGGGCUUGGGGUCGUGGCCACAAAGUUCAUACGCAAGAACCAGGUGUUGAUGCUGGGCCUGCCCAUCAUGUUGCAGAUCAGCAACUCUGGUCCCUGGGGUGUCUACGAUGUCUUGAAGCUGCUUCAUCGGGCGGGAAACCAGUUGCCGCAGAAGGAACAGGGUGAGAUGCUGCGUCUGGCAAGGAAAGGAAAGGGGUACAUCAUAGACGAUAUCAUGAAGACGAACUCGUUUGAUGUCACGGUUGCUGGGGUUUCACAUUCGGGGUUGUACCCGGAGAUUGCGAGGAUAAACCAUGCGUGCAAGCCAAACUGUUUCACUCGAUACUCCCCGAAUACCUUGGUCAUGGAGGUUGUGGCAUACAAGGACAUUCAGCCGGGCGAGGAACUCUCACUAUCUUACACACCCCUGAACGUCCUCUCGACCGACCGCCGGGACAUGCUCAAAUUCUGGGGCUUCAACUGUACCUGCGCGCUCUGCAACGACCCCGACGCCAUCAAGACCUCCGACCGCCAGCGCACUCGGAUCCAGGAUAUCCUCAACGAGCUGGACGAUCCCAAGAACCACACGCCCGGAAAGGUGCGCGCAGCAACUGCCGAGGUGGAGGACUUGGUAGCCAAGGAAGGCAUGACAGGCCAAAUAGGGGACUUGUAUAGCAUCAUUGCCAACGUCUACUUGACCAUGGGUGAAAUGGAACUGGCCAGAAGCUAUGGCAAGCUCGCCAUCACAUUCCUGCGCCAGUAUGCUGGGUUUGAUAGCCUCCGGACUCAGGGGGCCAUGGAGUUUAUGGUUAGGUUGGAAAAAUUGGGACCGGAAGCUUGGCAGCGGACGAGGUGA